AUGACCAGGUUCACUGGAGGGGGACAGGGAAACCUAUGCCUUGGCGGCCACGACAUUUUUGCUGCUGUGAGGGAGAACAGUCCGACAGGGGAAUUUGUUGCAAAAAUAAACAUAGAAGGAGACCCGGGGACCAGCACUGUGCGACUGUGUCUCACUGGAGAGAAUGCCGAUUGGUUUUUCCUAGAGGGUCAAAAUAUCAGACUGAAUUCCUCUUCCACAAGGGGCCUGGAUCGGGAGGCACUUGGUUCCAUCUUAAUGGCGUUCUUGACCUGCUAUGAAGAUGACAUAGUGCAGAGCCAGUAUAGAAUCAUGGUUGAGAUCUUAAAUGACAAUGAUAACAAGCCAAGGUUUGUGGAGAGGACAAUACAGCCACUGUACAUGAGUGAGCUGAUUACUGUAAACUCAGAAGCUUUUGCUGUGAAGGCCAAAGAUGCUGAUGGAGACACCAUUUUAUACGUACUUGAUCACAUGUCUCCUGAUGCCAGCUACUUCCGAAUAGACUUUCCCAACAGCGGUAAAGUCACUCUGGACAAACCUCUGGACUAUGAAACAAAAACUCAGCUUGAGGUGGUGAUAUAUGCAGUGGAGAUGAACACCAAAGAGAAGUUUAACACCACGGCCACAAUCAUCGUGAAUGUUGUGGAUGGAGAUGACAUGUACCCACAGUUUUUGCCCUGCACUCUGAUAUCGCCUGGCCAGGAUGGCACCAUCUGUACAAACCCCUUAUACACCGUCAACAUCACAGAGAUGGAAGAGGGCAGUGUCUUGCACUUCUCACCUGGCCCUGUUUAUGCUGAAGAUGGGGAUAAGGGCAUCCAGGCCCCCCUCACCUACACCCUGCUCUCGGGGGAUGACGAGGGGAGAUUCAUAAUCAGCAGUGACAGUGGAGAGAUCACACUCACCAGGCGCGUGAAGAACAGACUGCUGACUCCCACCUACACAAUGCGCAUUAUGGCUGCCCAGAAGGAUGACCCCAAGAAGUACACAGUGGCAAUGGCACUUGUACAAGUUCAAGCUGUGAACCACUUUCCACCUCAUUUCAACAAAACCACCUACAAAGGCUUUGUAUUAGAGAACUCCAGUCCAGCAGCCUUGGUGUCCACGUAUGGGAACGACGUCCUGGUGGUGCAAGCCAUUGACCGAGAUUUCAGAGAUGGAGUCAAUCCCAGGGUGACAUACUCCCUUCAGCCAAAAAGCUCUGGUACAGAUCUUUACCACAUCACCCAGGAGGGCAUCAUCAUUGCCAAGACAGACCUACUCCAGCCAUACUCCAGACACAUCCUCAAGGUAUUAGCAACGGAUCAAGAAAGUGGUGAGACUGCACAAGCGUCAGUUGACAUAGAGGUUCUGCAGAAAGGUCAAUCAGUCCCCCGGAGUCAGUUUGGAGAAGAGCGGCUGUUCAGUGACGUGGACGCAGGCCUGGCCGGUGGCAUCGCGGGGGUGGUCUUGCUGCUGGCCAUCGCAGCACUGUGUCUCUUCAUUCGGAUGGUGCGGAGGUGUAAGGACGGAAGGCACGGCCCGGCAGAGAGAGGCUCGGUGGCCCUGGGGAAGCAUCCGAACGUGGAGCCCUCGUCGCCCCGCUUCAGUCACCGAGAACCUUAAGGACAAUGAACAGGGUGGACGGUUUAUGGACAACUCCACCAUGACGGGGACAUGUGUGAGAGAGACGUUCCAGACCUAACCGGACAGACAGACAUACCAGAUUUAAUGGUUACGUCUUUUCCAUGUAUAUUAUUUUUUUAUAUAAUGUUAUGAUUAUGUGUUUGGAGAAAUUGAAAUUUUUGACACUAUGGUAGCUCUAUGUUGUGCCAUUGCAAUGCAUUUUCACGUCUGCUUAACCUCAUGUCCAACUUCUGGAGCCAACUUUUUCAGUGACAAAUCGUUCAACAAUACUUAGUACUGUACAUCUUGACAUAAACAGUGGUUAAAACUACA